CUCCGCAGCGCCAGCCGCCCUGGGCAGCAGGCGCGACCAGACGCGGGACUGUCACCGCGCAGGCGGCCGCCGGGGCGCAGGGCGAUGUCUGCCGGGGCGCGCCGCGGUCCACGGGGCAGCCGGGCGCAGCCGCUCGCGCCCCUCUGGGGCUUCUGGGCGGCGCUGGGGAUGCUGUGGUCCCCAGCGUCGCAGGCGUUCAACCUGGACGCGGACGAGGUCACGGUGUACAGCGGUCCCGAGGGCAGCUACUUCGGCUACGCGGUGGACUUCCACCUCCCUGACGCUCGCACAGCCAGUGUUUUGGUGGGGGCGCCCAAAGCCAACACCAGCCAGCCGGAUAUCGUGGAAGGGGGUGCUGUGUACUACUGUCCUUGGCCUGCCGAGGGGUCUGCACCGUGCAAGCAGAUACCAUUUGACACCACCAAUAACAGAAAGAUCAGAGUUAAUGGAACUAAAGAACCUAUAGAAUUUAAAUCAAAUCAAUGGUUUGGAGCAACAGUGAAAGCUCACAAAGGGAAAGUUGUGGCCUGUGCUCCUUUAUAUCACUGGAGAACUCUUAAACCAUCACCAGAAAAGGAUCCAGUGGGCACCUGCUACGUAGCAAUUCAGAAUUUCAGUGCAUAUGCUGAGUACUCUCCUUGUCGGAACAAUAAUCCGGAUCCUGAAGGUCAAGGUUACUGCCAAGCAGGAUUUAGCCUGGAUUUUUAUAAGAAUGGAGACCUUAUAGUAGGAGGACCUGGAAGUUUUUACUGGCAAGGUCAGGUCAUCACUGCCAGUAUUGCAGAUGUCAUUGCAAAUUAUUCAUUCAAAGACAUUCUAAGGAAACUGGCUGGAGAAAAGCGGACAGAAGUUGCUCCAGCUUCCUAUGACGAUAGUUACCUCGGAUACUCAGUUGCUGCUGGAGAAUUUACUGGAGAUUCUCAGCAAGAACUGGUUGCUGGAGUUCCAAGAGGAGCACAAAACUUUGGAUACGUCUCAAUCAUUAACUCCACAGACAUGACUUUCAUACAGAAUUUCACUGGUGAACAGAUGGCAUCUUAUUUUGGAUAUACUGUUGUAGUAUCAGACGUUAACAAUGAUGGAUUGGACGACCUGUUGGUUGGGGCGCCUCUCUUCAUGGAACGAGAAUUUGAGAGCAGCCCGAGAGAAGUGGGCAGAGUCUACCUAUAUUUGCAAGUGAACGCCCUCCUCUUCCAGGACCCCCAGGUCCUCACGGGCACUGAGAUUUUCGGGAGAUUCGGUAGUGCUGUGGUGCACUUGGGGGACUUGAACCAAGAUGGAUACAAUGACAUCGCCAUAGGCGUGCCCUUUGCAGGCAAGGAUCAGAGAGGCAAAGUGCUCAUUUACAAUGGAAACCAGGAUGGCUUAAACAUCAGGCCUUCCCAAACUCUGCAUGGAGUGUGGGCCUCACAGACAGUCCCUUCAGGAUUUGGCUUUGCUUUAAAAGGGGACUCAGACAUAGACAAGAAUGAUUACCCAGAUUUACUUGUGGGUGCAUUUGGAGCAGGAAAAGUGACUGUUUACAGAGCAAGGCCAGUUGUGACUGUGGAUGCCCAGCUUCUCCUGAACCCAAUGAUUAUCAAUCUUGAAAACAAAACUUGCCAGAUUCCAGAAUCUGUGACACCUGUGGCUUGCUUUUCUUUAAGAGUAUGUGCGUCUGUAACAGGCCAGAGCAUUCCAAAUACAAUAGCCUUGGUAGCUGAGCUGCAGUUAGAUUCCCUGAAACAAAAAGGAGCCAUCAAACGAACUCUCUUCCUCAACAACCGUCAGUCCCAUCUCGUCUUCCCUCUGCUGGUAAAGCGGCAGAAAUCCUUCCAAUGUCAGAAUUUCAUCGUUUACCUUCGAGAUGAAAUUGAAUUCCGAGAUAAAUUAUCUCCAAUCAACAUUAGUUUGAAUUACAGUUUGGAUGAAUCCACCUUUAAAAAAGGCCUGGAAGUGAAACCAAUAUUAAACCACUACAGGAACAAUAUCAUUACUGAACAGGCUCACAUCCUGGUGGACUGCGGCGAAGAUAAUCUGUGUGUUCCUGACUUGAAGCUGUGGGCUAGACCAGAUAAGAAUCAGAUCAUCAUUGGAGAUGAAAAUCACCUUAUGCUUACAAUAAAUGCAAAAAAUGAAGGGGAAGGAGCCUAUGAAGCCGAACUCUUUGUAAUGAUACCAGAAGAGGCGGAUUAUGUUGGCAUUGAACGCAAUAACAAGGGUUUUCGGCCAGUGAGCUGUGAGUACAAGAUGGAAAAUGUGACCAGGAUGGUAGUGUGUGACCUCGGGAACCCUAUGGUGACUGCAACAAAUUAUUCUCUGGGCCUCCGAUUUGCAGUUCCUCGCCUGGAGAAAACAAACACAAGCACAAACUUCGAUCUCCAGAUCAGAAGUUCCAACAAGGACAAUCCAGAUAGCAAUUUUGUGAGUUUGCAAAUUAACAUCACUGCUGUCGCGCAGGUGGAAAUAAGAGGAGUAUCUCACCCUCAGCAAGUUGUUCUGCCCAUUCAUAACUGGGAACCGGAAAAGGAGCCCCACAAAGAAGAGGAAGUUGGACCACUGGUGGAACAUAUUUAUGAGCUGCACAAUAUUGGACCAAGCACCAUCAGUGACACCAUUUUGGAAGUCGGCUGGCCGUUCUCUGCACGGGAUGAGUUUCUCCUCUAUAUUUUUCAUAUUCAAACUCUGGGACCUUUGCAGUGUCAAACAAAUCCUGAUAUCAACCCACAGGAUAUAAAGCCUGCUGCCUCCCCAGAGGAUACCCCUGAGCUCAGCGCAUUUUUGAGAAACUCUACCAUCCCUCAUCUUGUCAGGAAGCGAGAUGUGCCUGUAGUCCAGCUCCAUAGACAGAGUCCUGCAAAAAUACUGAACUGUACAAAUAUCGAGUGUUUACAGAUUUCCUGCGCAGUGGGACGACUAGAAAGAGAUGAAAGCGCUGUUCUGAAAGUCAGGUCACGACUAUGGGCCCACACGUUCCUGCAGAGGAAAAACAAUCCCUAUGCUCUCGCAUCCCUGGUGUCCUUUAAAGUUAAGAAGAUGCCUUAUAGAGAUCAACCAGCAAAACUUCCAGAAGGAGGCAUAGCAUUGCAUGGAAGUUAUCAGAAACCUCUGAAAAAUAAUGUCAAGAUUUCAGCUUUCAUCUCUUGGUCAUUCCAUGGAUAUUCAUAAUACCUAUCUGGAACUCUUGGUCUUUGUUAUUCAAUGUAUGGUUUUUUAAAAGACCAAAAUCUUCAGUGUCACCUGGAAGAGGAUUAGAAAUACAGAAACAAGCUUCAUUCCAAACCAGCUGAGUUCAAAGCUGCAUUUUAUCAAAAUCAUCAGAACAUCUGCAUGCACAGUCAUGUUUGAGGAGCACUAUUUUAUAGGCGGUGUAUAAACUUUCCUGUUGUCUUCUCUUUGCAGCCCAGGUCUUCAGACUUCAUUGUAAUAAUGUUUGUAGCCAAUCUAACAUUUAACAGUUUAAAUUAAUCUACUGAUUAGUGACUCUCAGCUUUGAGCACACAACAGAAUCAUUCCUUAUUCAAAGAGAUACAAAUAUAUAAAUGGUAAGAAGACCUCACCUGAAGUAUCUGACCUUAGGGGCCCUGCUUCUGUGCUUUAAAAGAGUCACAAAUGCAAAUCCAGUAUUGAAUCCAGGUUGUCUUGGGCAUCACCUGGGAGACACCAACAACUGAAAAGAGGAGAGGUUUAUUUGGCUCACGGUUUUUGGAGGGUUCAGUCAAUAGUCUGCUGGCUCUGAGGCAAGAAGGGCACGGUAAAAGGGCCUAGUGGAGGAAAGUUAUUCAACCUUUGCAUCCAGGAACCAUAGAGAGAAAGGAAGAGUGGGAAUAAAAUAUACUAGUCCAGAUUCGACCACCACUAACUCACUUGCAACCAGGCCCCACCCAUUAACAACACAUUUUUACUAUGAACUCAUCUGUGAAUUAAACCUCUAAUUCAUAUGUACACCUGUCAUCAACUCACCUUUCAAAUGCCUCAUCUCUGAUCAUGAGAAUUUGGGGGUACAUGCUAGAUCUAACCUACAUCCGACUGCGAGUCAUACUCACUUGGUGGAAUUGUGAAGAAGAUUAAUAAAGUCAUAUACAUAAAACUCUAGCAUUGUACCUGGAAGAAGGAAGUCUCAAUAAAUGUCAAUAAUCUUUUAAAAUAUCUUUCCUUCUCUGGCUAAAUCCAGUUAGCCCAAAUUGGAAAUGACACGAGAUUUGUACAGACAGUGUAUUCCAAAGUCAGCAUGGCCACAUCUUUCUUCAUUUAGAUCACUCUCUUUUUCUCACAAGCUGUCUUCUGUAGAUUGGAUUUAUGAUCAGCCCAGAAAACAGAGGCUUUGGAUUUUAAUAUGAAGUAUUCAUCUGAAGAGGUUCAAAGGCUUGUUGCUCUAACGGAGCCAAAUCCAGGCCCUUUGGUUUUCUCUGAGCACAUGUUUCAUAACAGAAACACAUGUUAAAGUUGAUACCACAAACACGACUGCCUCUUUCUGUGUUGGACACAGGUGAUGGCCUGCUGUUCUCAACUAUUUCAAAAGAUCCAAAAAAUAUUCAAAUACUUGCUUCCUCCACCUGUCCCACCUGUUACCUUACUGGAAAAAAUGACCGAUUACCUAAUUUAGAUGAUUUACUAUACCAUAUGUGUAAAGAUUAUUGGAAAGCAUUUAGAAAUCAAAGUGCUUUCAAAAAUCUCCCAGUAUUUAACUGGAGAAGAUAGUGCCAGCAGAAAUUUAUCUAUGUAGUACAGGGAAACAGUCUUUCUGUGGCUUGAUUUGAUAGAACUCCAGUUGGAGCAGGCAGAGAUUUUAUAGCAAGUUCUUGAAGACUGUAAUUUUGCCUUCAAAGAAUAUUAGCAGAGGAGAAUGGCUGUAAGGUCAUAUAAUCAGGUGGAAAAGAUAGUCUGAGGAUUACCAGGAUUCCCACGGGCUACUCAGAAAAGUCUUUGUAAUGAGAUAAAAUAAUAUGUACUUGUUUUCCUAGACUCGUGUGUGAGAUGCUUAGUUUUCUGGUACUUCCUUUUCAACAUGGUCAUAAUGCAGCCAUCACUUGAGAUCUAAGUAAAAUUCACACAUGAAAAAAGCAGUUUCCAUCUGCUACUUGCAUAGCAUCUCUGUUUAUAACAAAUGAACUUGUGACAUGACAUUUGUCCUGUUCAGAGGUGAGACAAAAGCUGUAUGAUUCAGAGGGAUAUGAAUGAACAGAGUCAUGGCAGUACAACAAAGAAGACACAAUUCAACUAUUUGAACAAUUUUUUUGACUAACUAAUAAACUUUGGUAUUUGCAUGCCAUGCAACUAUUAUCUAACUCUGUAUUUUAUAUUUGGAAGAAAGUAUCGCUGCCUAGUAUAAUUGCAAAGAUGAUUAUCAUAAAAUAUUUGAUGGAAAUCCUUAUUUAAAAAGCCACGUGUAGGAGCCAGGGAUUUAGCUCAGUAAAAGUACCUGCCUUGGAAGUGUGAGGUCUUGAGUUUGAUCCUCGGUACAAAGAAAAAAAAAAAAAGCCGUAUGUAACUGUAAAUACAUUUGAAUUGCAGAAUUGUACCAAAAUUUUGACACCUAAAAGUGUAAUUCUUAUAUGAAACAAUUGCUUGGAAUGCAGAUUUAUUGUAAGGACUCUCUGUCUCAGAAGAGCUCUUUGAAUGUUAUUAAAUGUGUAUACAGCUGAUCCAAUCAAUGUGUGUUAUUAUUUUGUUCCAAAUGGCACUGCAGGUAAGCUAUCUAAGUACAAUUAUUCAAAUGUUCUUCUGACUCCACCGAAGUAUGUUUACAGAUUUUAUGAUACAUAAAUAUAGAUGUCAACAUUAAUUACAGUUGCAAAGACAAGGAAAGUUUUUCCCUCUGGGGAUUUUUUUUUUGUCAAAAUGUGCAAAAGCAUAAAUGUCAAUGAUAAAAUGUAAACACAUUAAAAGUUUAUUUAUGGCCUUUCAACCAUAAUAAAGAACAACAAGAUUUAUGACACAGUAAUGGCAAGAUUAAAUGUUCCCUACUUAAGUCUAAACUACUUCCAAGUUAAGAACUUCACUCUCUGAGAUUGUGGAUAAUGGUAAAAAGUGAGUUGUUAAAAUUUUAUGCUAUUUGUUUCAGUAAGUAAAUAUUUUUGCUAAACAGAAAAUGUAUUAAAACACAUUGUUGAUUGAUUGACAUAGAAAUAGAUUUUCCCUCUAAAUUGUAAGUACUCUACUUACUCAACAUUAACAUUCUUUUUAAAAGAAGUUGAGACAUUGAGUCACAAGGUCUUGUUUGAAACCUUUAAUACUAUAUGCAUUCCAUCUUCUGCCUUGGAACACUUUUUGAUGAAAGAAUUUUGUAAUGAAGGGUUUAGUAAUUCUGCUAAUCUUGUCAUUAUGUGAAAUUACACAAAAUGCUAUGGAGCUGUUCAGUCCAGUAUGGUAAUCGCUAGUCAUAUGUGGAUAUUUCAGUUCUGAAGCACAACCAAUGGAACUAAAGAACUGAAUUCAGAGUUUCAUUUCACUUAAAUAAACUCAUUGAAAUGAAAACUGAAAUACUGAAGCAUGUAAAACAGUUUCCCAUUAAACACAGCUUUAUUGAUUUUUAUAGAACUACAUUUCAAUUCUACUGUUGAGAUUUUAUCAACUAGUAUAUGUUGCUAACUAAAAAUUCAUACUGAAUUUUAGAGAUCAUAAAACAAUGCAUAAAGGUCUUAAAUUUUUAUGUCAAAUUAUAAAUAUUUUAUAUCAACUACCCACUGAAAUAGUCGGUUUAUCAUUAGCAUAUAAUAGUUGCUAUUUUGUGUUAAAUAAAUUAUGUUAAUAAAUCUAAUUAGGCAAAUCAGGAGAGUUAAUGUUCAGAAGGAUCCAGAAGUAAAUUUCUAGUUUGAAAAUUUUGCCAAGUUAACAAGGCAUACACAUGGAUUAAAAGUAUGUGGUUUCUUUGAUAGACUUAGAACAUAGGAGAAUGAAAUGCUUUAUUAAAAAUAAACAAAAUUUCCAUGACUAGAUUUCUCUCUCCUGAGUCAUUAUAUCCAGGCUGCAAUAAAAGAUCACUGUUAUCCCUUUUAGUUUCAAAGUUCCGAAAUUCUUGUUGCCAAAUUGUCUGUCUACUUCCAGCAAAGUUAGGUUAAUUUUUUGUUGUUUUUUUUUUUUUUUUGUCUUUUUCCUUUUUAUCGGUACCAGGGAUCGAACUCACGACUGCCUGCUUGCAAGGCAGGCACUUAUGCCGCUGAGCUAAAUCCUCAGGUUAAUUUUGAAAUACUACUUCACACUCUUUCUCUGAUUAGUGAGAAUGUUAGGAUUGAGUGGUGAUGUCAUGAGAUGUAAUUAACCCAGGAGAAAAGGUAUGCGGAGAAAUAACUAUGUCCUAAUUUGCUACUGUAGUCACAGACAUGCAAAAGAUCACUUUAGAACAAACUGCUUAAGCUAUAGAAUCCCGGUGGCAUUGCAGUUACUUUUAGUCCUUGAAAUAAAGUUCUUCAAUAUGUCUCUCAACAUGCAGCUAUGGCAAGCAGGUGUAAUGCCAUCAUGGGAAUGUCACACUUCUUAGUGAUAUGUCAGAUGAAACAAGAGUUAACUUUAGCAAAGAGCACUAGUGAAGGCAAAAGGGGAAACUAUAAUGGUGAGAAGAUUAAACCGAGUCACUCUUGUCACAGUGGGAUGACCGCCAGGCUCCCUAUUCUGUUGAUUCCAUUGUUCAUUCUAGACAGAAAUGAUAUUUGUGGCUAGAGAACUGAGUGAGUGGUGUGCUGCAUAGAGGAAGCUGACUAAGAUGGGAUGAGGGGGAAUAAAAACCAGGAGAAGCACAGAAGAGCAUUAUCAAUGUGUUCAAAUCUAGUUAAGAAGGCAGAGGGGGAAAGGGGAAGCAUGGUUUAAGCCUACCAUCAGAGUUUAGGUGAUUUCCUGCGAGAAGAAAUUCCAGAAGUGGUGACAUUAGUCAUGAUUUCAUUUUGUACUGUAGGGAUGGUCUUUAGAAUUAUGGUCUAGUGUUAUUGAGCAUGUUUCAGGAUUGAAAGUGGAUUGUUUUAAUCACAUUUUAAAACUAGGAGCAUAUAGACCAAUAACAAUGCUUGCUAUGCUAUUAAACUAGAUAUACCUGUAUUGGUAAAUGAUUUUUGGGUCCAAGAACAGAUUUUUUUUCUCUUUUGUUUGACAACAGAUUCUGGUAACAUGGCUGGGACUUCCCUUGAUUUGCCAUGGAGGUCUGCAGCUUUUAUGCACAAACUCCCAACAUACAAACAAUAGAAGUGCUCCUUCUGCCUACCUGAGGAGGGUGGGGAGGUUUUUAGACACUGAGCUUGCUUGUCCAGGUGGGGACAUCUCAUUUUCUUCCAGGCUCCUUUGGCAUAGUGAGGAAUGAAAUGAACUCUAAUCUCCAGAACCUCAGGUCAGUUCUGCACCUAAAAAUGAAUUUAGGAUUGAAGGCUACUCCAACAUUACAGGGCAAUGUUCACUUUGUGCACUGUGGUGUCCAUAUAAAUAACAAUCAGAGAGCAAUUCUGCAGGGAAUAAUAAGACUUGCUUGGGAGCCUAAUAGCACAGCAAUUGGAA